UUCUGAUUCUGAAUAAUUAAAAAUAUAGUCGAUAGAAACCAUAAGAGUGUGCAAAUACGCGGGAAAAUGCCGCGUACCAAAGGUUCACCUCAAAAGUGUGUUAAAACGUCAAGUAGUAAUCAGCCGAAUACGUGGGUGUUUCUUAUGAAAGAUGGUGCAAAUAGCAUAAAUGAAAAUCAAGCAGAUGUUGUGAAACUUAGACAUCCAGCUUCUAAUAAGCCAGCUGCAUUUUCAUUCAGUCCUGGAAAUAUCACAGUGCAAGAAGUUUUAAUCUUUGACGAAAACAAAAGAUCUUGGUUUAUCGAUGAUAGUGUAAAAUCUGAUGGCAAAUUGCACUUGUCAACGCCAAUUGAUCCAAUCUUUUUAGUUCUACCAUACUUAAGAAAGUCACAAUUAGCACAGCCUUUGGAACAAUGUCUUUGGGAUGAAGAUUUUCCAGAAACAUCUCGCUUAGCACAAUGUAAAAAUUUGGAACUAUCUUUAGUUGCCGAUCGCAAGGGAGAAGAAUCAUUACAAGCUUUUAAGUUUAAUGAAGAGAAAUCUUUGAAAUGGUUGCAAAAAAAGGUAGAAAGGGUAGCAGAUGUAUUAAAACAGAAAGGAGUUCAUGUAUCUCAAGGUGCUGUGAGUGCCACUUAUGUUAAGAGUACUAAAUUUGAAAUUGAUACAGAAGCAGAAUAUUUGAAAUAUGCACACGGUAUUGUAUCAGAAUACCUUGCUGAAGAUCUUUCAAAGAAGUUGGCACAACACUUGAAUAUUCCCGAUGAAGCAGAGAAUAAAAAACGCAAGUUAAAUAGUCCUAAAGAUGGAUCUGAUGAGAAGAAGGUUAAAAAAGAUAGCUUUGAAGAGAAUCCAACACCAAAACCAAAGACGAAAAAUUUAAAACCUGAAAAGGUUCAGAAGAUUGCUCCUCCUGGUAAAAAGGAAUUAGCCCGGCAAAAAGCAGCAACAGGAUCUAAAAGCAUCACCAACUUUUUUAAAAAAAAAUAAAUCUCAAAAAAAUAUAUAUGAUGCGAUUUUAAAGAUUAGUGCAUUUGUAACGUGUCCUGUAAUGUGUCCGUUUUUAUAAAUUAUAACGUUACAUGUAAAUCUAUUUAAUAUAACGUCUACGUAGAAAAUUGUAAUUUUAUUGAUGAUUAUAUGGAAAAACUAUAAGGAAAACAAUAUAGUUUUCCAAAAGUUCAACGAGUUUCGUAUCAUCAACAAUUAAAUGCAAUGUAAUUCAA